UCCAACAGUGGAUAGACCGCGAGAGUAUCGAGACAUGGAGGUGUCCGAGGGCCCAUUUAGCAGAGUUGGCUCCGUAAUAAAAAAGAUUGUCUAAAAAAGAUAUAUGCACAGUAUAUCUAUUUCAAUCCAAAAUAUGCUGUCUCCAUAGCGAUGACUGUGCGUACAAAAUAUACAGUGAUCAACAUUCGAAAUUCGACAGCGUGGGAAGUGGGGCUGAAAGCCCCCUCCCUUCCCAGAAGAUUCCAGCCCAUGUGUUGUAGUGAGCAUCGGGACGACGCCGAGAGAGAUGACCACGCGCACGUGUGUCUGUGACGAGUCCGUGAAGGUGAUGACCACGCACUUGUGUCUGUGACGAGUCCGUGAAGGUGACGAACCACGUGCGUGUGUCUGUGACGAGUCCGUGAAGGUGAUGACCACGCGUGUGUCUGUGACGAGUCCGUGAAGGUGAUGACCACGCGCGUGUGUCUGUGACGAGUCUGUGAAGGUGACGACCACGCGCAUGUGUCUGUGACGAGUCCGUGAAGGUGAUGACCACGCACGUGUGUCUGUGACGAGUCCGUGAAGGUGAUGACCACGUGCGUGUGUCUGUGACGAGUCCGUGAAGGUGACGACCACGCACUUGUGUCUGUGACGAGUCUGUGAAGGUGAUGACCACGCGCGUUUGUCUGUGACGAGUCUGUGAAGGUGAUGACCACGCGCACGUGUGUGUCUGCAUGUGCGAUAGCCGCUGUGUCACUAGAGAGGUCACGUGUACAGAUCGCCGAGGGGAUGCGUGCGAGUGGGGGGCCGAGUCUUGGCAGGAGUCGCGGUGUCCCGGGGCUCUCGCUGCUGCCGCUGCUUCUGGCGCUCAUCAGCAGCAGCCCGGACGUGGCCAACUCGCUGCGGUCUUGCGCCGCCGCCGUCGACGAUGGGUGCGCUCGCAAUCACGUGGUUGCUGUGCACCUGGUGCCUCAGGACACGGACCAGGCAGUCAAUCCAGGUCCCGACAGGCUGUUCCGGUGGAGAUGCACGGCCGAGAUGGAGGCGGAAGCCCCUUGCCGGAUUGAGUUGGUCAACAACAGCAAGAUGAGGAUCAUCUGCGCUGGGAUGUACUUCGUGUACAGCCAGCUCGCGUACAAGACGAACAGGUCCGUGGCGAUGAUUGGUCACAGCACCGUGAAGUUCAAACGGCACUUCAACAGCAUGGGUGAAGAAGUCUGCAAGGCACGCGUGCUCAUGGCAAGCACCCUCGCUAAAAGUUCCGGGGGUUGCCAGGUGCAGGGGUCACCGUGUGCCUGCUUCGAGACGAGCUACCACGGAGGGGUCUUCUUCUUAGCCAAGGGUGAGGAGGUGGCUGUGAGGCCCUUCGACGACUACAUGAACACCGCAGACUUCUGCCUGGGACAGAACGAGGUGUUCCUGGGGGCCUGGUGCAUCGAGCCCCUGUCGCCCAGGGCGUCCCCGUGAGGCUCCACGGUGGCGAUGAGUGGAGAGAGAAGCACCAUUUCAACUCCCAUAUCAGGAACCAAUAUGGGUGUCAGAAAUUAGGGGUUAUAAUUAUAAUGAUAGUAACAACCUCUGGUUUUUUUGUAAUUCUAUAACAGCGCCUUUCAUAUUCUCGGUUCUUUCGGUAAAGUCACGUAGAAGUACUGGAAUCUCAAAGCGUUGUACGUAAAAAAUAUAUAAACUUCACUCGCAAGUAUAGAUACAAUAUAAGCGAAAUAUAAAACCUGUUAAUAACAAUGUCAAAUGACUGCUCUCGAAAUGCCAAUAAAAUUAAGAACUGCGAUGUAAUAAAAGCGUCCUCUCAUUCAGGUAGCUGCUGCUGUUCUCGGAAAUCUGUAAGGUCUGUAAGUGUUCCCGAAUCGACGGGGCCAAUUUUUGUUUGCCAGUUUUUAAGAUGAUAAAAAAAAGUUUUUUAGCCGAGCUAGAAAUUAUUUGGCGUUCUCAUCGUCAUUUUGCUGUUGGCAUUUUGGCGUUCUUUACUCGAUUGCAGCGUUCUUCAUCGCAAGGCCCGCGGGUCACUGGCGGCCCCCUGGUGGCCUUUA